AAUUUUCCCGAACGCGGCUGCCUCAGUAGAGAUAUGUCAAAAAAGCAAGCGCCGGGGAGAUGCUCGCCAAAAUGUCGGGGGCAGUGCAGUCUAGCUAAGGAUGUCCUUGAGCUGAAGGAGCUAGUUUUGGCGCAAAACAAAAGGCUGAACAAACUGAUUAAGCAGGUGGAGCAAGGCUGCGAAGUUGUUGAGGAGCCAAAAGAGAGCACCGUUUCUUGCAGGAAUCCCUACUUAAAGUGUCUCAAUCCGGAUCGUUUGCAUCACUUGGGCUUGGACACAAAGACGACGGAUUUCCGUAAGACCUUUGGCGACGUGCGUUUUGUUUUUCUAGGUGGUACGCCGAAGCGCAUGGAAAAGUUCGCUUACUUCAUUAUGAAUGCUAUUGGCCUCAGACUGCACUCGGGUGCCAAGCUAAAGGAUCUGGCCGAGGAAGGAAAUCGCUAUUCUAUGUUUAAAGUGGGUCCCGUCCUAUGCGCCAGUCAUGGCAUGGGCGGGCCCUCGAUUAGCAUUCUUCUGCACGAGUUGAUCAAAAUGAUGUGUCAUGCCAAGUGCCAGGACCCGGUAUUCUUUCGUCUGGGGACAUGCGGAGGUAUAGGCGUCGAACCAGGAACUGUGAUUAUCUCCACGGAGGCACUAGAUGGACAGAUGCGCAAUUUCCACGAAGUCGUUGUGCAUGGCAAGGUCGAUUUGCGCCCCACCAAACUAAAUUUAGAACUUGCGCAGGAAUUAAAAGACUUAUCGAACCCCUGCGAGGAUGGGUACGACACUAUCACUGGCACCACACUGAGCACAAACGAUUUCUACGAGGGCCAGUCUCGAUUGGAUGGGGCGUUUUGUGAAUAUACACCAGAGUCCAAAAGCAACUUUCUGAAAUGCCUUAGUCAGAAAGGAAUUGUCAACAUGGAAAUGGAAAGCAGUGUGUUUGCCAGUAUGACCAAUCAGGCAAAUAUCCGUGCUGCUGUUGUUUGUGUGGCCAUAGUAAAUCGUUUAAAUGGUGAUCAGAUCACAACACCACACGAGACUCUGAAGGAGUUUGACACUCGACCGCAGGAGCUUGUGGCACGCUACGUUCGAAAGAUUCUUUACGGCGGUGAUGAAGAGGAAGACGCUGAUGAAGAAGAGGAGGAAGAGGGAAAAGAUGAAGGAAAAGACUGUCCUGAAGAGGUUAGAUAGUUGGUUUAUUUUAAAGAUGUCUUAGUUUUUCGGCUUCAAAAUUAAAUGUAUGCAAAAUAGUACCAAACUUGUUAUAAAUGUUUAACAUACUCGUA